AUGCAAUCGUACGGAGGAUCUCUCAACUACUCCCCAUCGUUCAACAACCCCAAAAUGGAACACGGCAGGAACUCGUACCGCCGAAAAGGCAUAGACAUGGGCAACAUUAUUGGCGACCCAUUUGCCUUGGCCACUACUUCUAUUGCCACUCUGGCAUGGAUCAUCAUCCUCUUUGGAUCCAUAUUUGGCUAUAGAGACCAAGACCCAGACAAGAACCUCAUUUGGCCGACCUACUCCUGGUUCACACUCGUCUUCAACUUCUUCCUCAUCCUCGGCAUCUUCUUCGUCAUCGCCUCCGACAGCGCCCAGACCUACCAUGUCGCUAUCGUCGGCUACCUGGCCGUCGGGCUAGUUGGCUCUACAUCGUCCAUCAACAACCUGAUUUACAGCGGCGUUGCGUCCAUGGAGGCGACAGCAGCUGGAUACAUUCUGUUGUCCAUGGUGACGAUCAUCUGGAUAUUCUACUUUGGUUCCGCGCCCUCCGCAGUUCCCCGCGCUUACAUCGACUCCUUCGCUCUCAGCAAGGAAUCCGCUCUCCCCGCACAUCACAUGAGCCGCCAAACCAUGAACCACAACGGUCUCUCCUCCCCGAAUGCCUACGGCUCUUACAACAUGCGCCCCGAAACCUCGGCUUCCGGUCUCCAACCUCCGCAAAUGUACACAGGCCAGCUCAACGGGCUCGAAAACCCCGCUCGCCAGUCGCAGAUCCCCCAGGGGUUCUCGUCGAACAACAUCCCCAAGCCGCCCCAAGGGACAGAAGGGGAGAUUGUCCCACCGACGGAAUACCCGUAUAGGGCAAAGGCGAUAUUCAGCUACGAGGCCAACCCGGAUGAUGCCAACGAGAUUAGUUUCUCGAAGCACGAGGUGUUGGAGAUUAGCGAUGUCAGUGGGCGGUGGUGGCAGGCGAGGAAGGAGACAGGAGAGACGGGUAUUGCGCCGAGCAAUUACUUGAUUCUGCUAUGA